AGAAAUCCUUUAGUCAUUUGUGUGUCAUAGUGUAGGCGUCUCUCAGCAGAACCCAGAAAUGGGGGCAUAUGACAGAAUUUACUUUCAGCGAACCUCUACUCUUCAAAAGUGCACGAAUUCUUGGAUCUUCUGACCGCUGGAGAGGGCUAAGCGACUUUUCAGGAGUCAUUCAGGAGGAAAAUUGAUAGGUUCUUGAGGACUUAUGACUGUAUUUCAUUACGACUCACCAGUAUUUCUCUUUAGUUCGUUUAAUGUUUUAUUAAGUUCGUGACUGGAGACGUUGGUAGAAUCGAACGCUUCUUCUAUUCUAUCUUCAACUAUUUUAACCAAUUUGAUAUCAGAUACUCAUUGGACAUUUCAUUUGUCUGUGUGUCUUUCAAUUUUGUCAGUUACAUGUAACAAAGUUUUGCGUUAGCUGGUUGCUGACAUAAUGAUGGAAACCGAGACAGCACGGGGGGACGUCGUUUUGCGUAAUGUUCGGGACGAAAUGCAUCAAUUUGAUAACGAGAAAACCUGGAAUGUUAUAUAUGAACAAUUAAAAAAUAAGUCUACAGUUCUAAACCAGAAUUCUUCAGUUGACGCCGCUAGGGAUGUCAAAAACCGAUGGAAGAAUCGCUACCGGGAUGUUAGUCCAUUUGACUCUACCAGGGUUUUCCUAUGUAGCGCGCGUGAUGGUGACUAUAUUAAUGCAAGUUUUGUCUUCAUUCCGGAGGUGCCGUCCAGAAAAUAUAUACUCACCCAGGGUCCAAUGCAGCAAACUGUCAAUCAUUUCUGGCUCAUGGUUUGGGAGAGACAGUGCCCCGCCAUUAUUAUGCUCAAUCGCCUUGUUGAAAAAGGCUCUCUUAGGUGUCAUCCUUAUUUUCCUUAUGAUGGUGGUCCUUCUGUGCUAAAAUUAGAAGACGUUAAUCUAAGUGUCGAGUUGGAGUGCGAGACAAAUACAAAAACAUUUAUUAGUCGGAAAUUCACCAUAACAAACAUUAAGACCAAUAAAGUUCACAAUGUCUUACACAUGCAGUAUACUAAUUGGCCCGAUUUUGGGAUACCUAAUUCUCCUAGCGCAAUACUGAACUUUCUUUGGUCUGUUAGAGCUUCAGGUGCAUUGAAUGAUCCAUCUUAUCCACCAGUUAUACAUUGUAGUGCUGGUAUAGGACGAUCAGGAACAUUUGUUUUGAUAGAUUUAGCAUUAAUCUUGAUUGAACAAGCGAAUUCUAUUUCUGGUGUUGAUAUCAAAAACUUAUUUCUUGAGUUAAGAAAAUGUCGUAUGGGUAUUAUCCAAACUGCUGAUCAAUUACGAUUUUGUUAUCGAGCAGUCAUUAAAGCUGCGGAUACUUUGCUUUGUAUAUCAAUUGACCAAAGACCAUUUGUCAAGUUUGAACCGGAUAUUGAGGAAGAAGACAAUGUGUCGGAACCUUCAAGCGAAAACGACUUAGACGAUAUGAGUGAACAAGGCGAAGUUGAAGACCUUGCCCUAGAUGACUUUGAUUCAGAAGAAGACGUCGCUGUUGGUGAUAUCGAGACAGAACUGUUUAAUCCAUUGGAUAAUAUCGGUGUCAGGUUUAGAAAUUAUAAGUUUGGUUCUAGACUUAAUACCCAAAAUAACAUCACCUCUUCUCAGUUACGUAGUUUAAAGUCCCUCACCACGUCUGGAGUUGAUUCAGAUCCACUCAAGUUACAAAGUGACCGAUCAUCAGUCGAAACUAAUCACUUGCCAGAUUACUCAGAAAUUAAUAUGGUCACAGGAAGUCAAGUAUAUCACGCCUUCGAAAAAUCAGAAAAUGGACUAUCCGAAUUACCCAAUACAUCAAAUAUUUAUGCAAAUUCAUGGGACAGGAUUAAUGAUGCUUUACCAACCAGUCAAAUAGAACCAUUUCUUUCAAGUUACGAUAGUAGUAAAAAGAAUUCUAUUUUGUCUACGCUUCCUACAUCACAUUCAGUCACACCUAAUUUCUAUCCAGAUAAUAAUAUUUCACAUACUAUAGGAUCGAGCGUAUCUUUGUUAAAUGACACUGCUGAAGUCGAAGAUAAUUCCGAUUCAUAUACCAAAGAAUAUUUAGCUGCUUCGAUAGAUUUACAUGAACGCCAUACUGCUCGUCUAGCUCGGCAAGCCAGAAUGCGUGCACAAAUCGAAGUCAUGCGUAUGCGAAUGCGUGAAACAGAUAUGACACGCAAAAGAUGGCUUCCAACUCAAGUGCUUCAAUAUCUUCGCCGAUUUUAUGCAGAAAGCGGCUAUGUAAAGAGUACAGCUGGUGCUGUAAUUAGCAGCAUCCUUGUAGUUGCCGUUAUAAGUUUCGGUACAAUUGCUUAUAUCUACUGGUAAUUCUACUGAUUAAAACUUAAUCUGAUCUUUAACACUAGAUAAAUAAAUCUUAUCGACGCUCAAUUUAUUUUAUCAAGAACUAUGUCUUCUCCUAACUACUAUACGUUCAAAUACUUCGUGUAGUUCCUUCUCAGGUGACGAUAUCUGUUUAUCUGUAAUAUCAAAUAAUAAAUAUCGUUGAUACAUGUUUUAUAAACAUGAACCUACUCACAUACAUAAGCAUAUAUAUAAUUGAAACUUAAGAGUUAAUCUCUCACUUUUUUGCAUUUCUUAUUUAUGAAAAGUGUUCCCACAUUCUAAUUUAUAUUGUUUUAAAAUUAACUGAUUUUGCCUAUACAUAAUGUACUUCGUAUUUUAUAGAACCACAAUGUUUAAAAAAUAACCUAUCACAAUGAUCACGCAGUUAUUUUACACCUAUUUACUUGUUUUGGCAUUAUUUUGUUCUUUGAGCUCUGUAACACAGAAGACACAAUAUGGUUACAUAUCUAACCAGUUUCUUAUUUGAUCCACUGUAAUUAUUCUGCUACGAUAUAUGCAAUUCAGAUAAACAAAGUUGUACACACAUACUUGUAAUAACAAACAUACGUUUAUCUCUUUACCUCUCCAAUCAAAAGUUUGAUGAAAUCAUUUUUAAAUGUACGAAUAACGAACUAAAAGAGCUUGAAGUGGUGUACGAUAUUUUCACUAAUUCAAUUUACGACAACUUAAAUUUAGGGCAAUAGAAUUGUCAAUUGUACACUGAUGAAACCAAAUCUAAAGGUGAGCACAUUAUCACCAUCAAAUAAGGUAUUCGAAUGUCAAUUUUUAUUAUUUUAUCAGCCUUUCAGUUCAUUCACACCAUUAGUCAUUAAUCAUAUAAAUUGACACAAUCUCCAUGGUACUCUUUCCAUUCUAUUCCAGCUGGCAUCAACAUAAACAGUAUUUUCUAAUUCAAAAAAUUGUUGCAGCUCAUCUCAUACGAUAUAGAUCCUUGAUCUCAUCAAUACUUCGAUCCAGUCAGAAAAUUUCGAUUGUCUUGCAGCCCGAACUAAAAAAUUUAAAUCUACAAAAAGUCGGUUACUUUAUGAACAGUUGCCAUGUUUUAGCUUAGCCAUUUAAGAUAGCGAUGAUUGGGUAUAAGUAGCGUAAGUCCAUAACUUAAAAUAGGGUGAAUUGCUGCUCGGUAUACUCGCUUUUAGACAAGCUUUCCAUCGACGCGGUUACUUAAAACGGACUACCAUUCCUGAACACCUGUUCAGUUAAUUCGUCGAUUCUCCCUGUUCAGCGUCAGUUAUUUUCACUUUCUUUUCUGUUUCCUGCUUUCAUUACUCAUCACUGCUCACGAUCAUUGCAUAAACUUUUUGUCUUCGCCUCUCAUAGUGCCGGAAACGGGAUGAGUAUCCGAUCAUCUAUCGUUUCUGCUCUUUCGAAGUUGACAUACUUACAGCAGCCGGAUCAGAAGGUUCAGUCUAGUUUCCAAAUUCGUAAAGUGUGGAUCGUGCUUAUUCUCAAAAUUGGUUGAGUUCAGUUGGUAAGACCUACGUGAACAAAUGUUACAGCAAAUAAAGCUCGACUCCCAAGCCCGAAUACCGGAUUAAGUUAUCAACCUAAAAAUACACUUAGAUUAAGCUUCAGUCCCAGUCUAACAAUGUGAAUAUAAGGAUCUUUUUUCUUAAUGGAAAUGGUAGGGGUAGAAUUUCCUGGCUAGGUUAAAAUUAUUUUGUCAAUAGUCUUUCUUUAUAUCUCCUAACUUUUUUGUUGAAGGACGAACAAUUCUCUCUCUGAAGAUUUUUUUGUGGGUAAUUAAUUAAUUAGAUCGAAACUCUAAAGAUGUAGUUUAGAUUAUCACACUAGAAAGGGG